UAUACACGGAGAACGAUGUUCCGGGUAUACGAGACGUCGUAUAAAGGACCGUGGCAAAGGCAGCCGCCCCCGGGUAGCAUUCAAACGCAAAGCGCCUCACCAGUACCGGUGUCCUUCCACGAGCCAUGUCGACGACGAAGCAGGUCCGCAUCGAUCCCGGGCACCCGUACGCAAAGACGAAGCACAUCUCCUUCGAGUUCUACAAGCAGACCCGCUCAGCCUCUGCAUUCGGUUAUGAGUACUUCGUGUCUCUUCCGCCCUCUUACGAUGCCGACAGCGAGAAGCGUUGGCCUCUGGUGUUCUUCCUCCACGGCGCAGGCGAGUCGCAGAGAGGGAAGAAGGAAAGCUACGCCACCCUGCGGCAUGGCGUACCCAAAAUCAUCCUCUGUUACGACAGACUGAAAGACGGCCUAGGGCCAAAGGUCGACAUCCCAUUGAGGGGCGGACAACGGGUGCAGAAGGAGGACUUGAGCGCGACGCCCGUUCCCGCGAGCGUGUGCGAGUUCGUCGCGGAACGCUUCAUCACGGUCACACCUUCCCUGAACAUGCAAUACGGAUACGGGUGGAACGCGCCGGCCUUGUCGUCGCUGCUCGAUGAGAUCGUCGAGGAUUACCGCGUCGACAUCAGGAGGGUGCACGCCACUGGGUUCUCGAUGGGCGGGUAUGGUACGUGGGAGCUGGCGCAGCAUUCGCCGAGACGCUUCGCGAGCCUUGUGCCGAUAUGCGGAGGAGGUGAGCCACUGCUCGCACUAAACAUCAAGCACAUCCCGCAGUGGAUCCAUCAUGGCGAGAGGGACGACAUCAUCUCGAUUUCGCAGUCUAAGGAGAUGUACGAGGCGCUGCAGCAAAUACACGCGCCUCAAGUGAAGUUCUGCAGAUAUCCUGGCCUCGGGCACGACUCCUGGACGGAAGCGUACAAUCAACUCGAGCUUUGGGAGUGGAUGGUGGACCAGAGCUUGCCGGAAGGGAGCGGUGAGGUUCAACGGGAACCAACGAAGAAUAAAGCGAAUGUCGAGCACGUCUAGAGGCCGAAAUGAAGAUGCCAGAGGAUUGAGAUUUCAAAGUCUCCCAGUAGUUCCGUUAUGCCAGUUGUAUAAUGCCAGUGCUAAG